CUGUUUGACUUUCUUUCGUGCCCUUACAGGAUGAGUGCUGGACGGCUAUCCGAGGGCGCGGGCUGCAUCACAUGGUGGGGUUUCAAUCCUGCGCGCGACCUGCUCAGUAUGGGCCCUGUGAGACUUGAAGGGGAGAUCAACAUUUUGCUGCUUGGCAGUGGAGAUCCACGACAUAUUUUGAAGACCAUUGCUGGUUUGCAGAACGGAGAAAGCCUUCAUGUGUGGGUGAUAGAAAACAGCAUGGAGGAGGUGGCUAGACAGCUGCUGCUCCUCUACCUUGCACUGAUGCCGCAGGAAUGCAUGGGAAACAAUGAGAAGACAGAGGUUUUCCUGGAGGUGUUUGGGAACAGUGAGAUCCGCAGUCAGACUGAAGAGACGCUGAGACACGCAGCAUCACAGCUUUCUCUGUCUGUCACUGAAACGCUGGAGACAGCCACACACCCCUGUCUGAACACAACUCUUCUCAAGUUCAAGGAGCGAGAUGAGCUGGCCAGGAUAUUCAAGUUGUGGAACCAGCCUCAGUCUUCAUCAUCUAUCACAAUGUCCAAAGCCUGGGAUUAUCGGGUCAGGCAGCACCUUGGAACACGCUACGACUCCAAGAGGGGCUGUUUUGACUGGGACCUUACAAUGAAAUUGCACGAAAAAGGGUGUGGUGUCAUUAGCAAACAACAGUACAUGCAAUGGAGGGAGCGGGGUUUGGCAUUUGAAAUGAGGGAAGGCGUCUACCAAAUAACCAAUGCAAGUUUGCUCUCUUCACGGGUGUUCAGGCAGAAAGGGGACAAAGUAGCUGUCAGGGGCUAUUGGGGAGACAUUGUUUCCAGUCCUUACCUCGCCUUUGGCAUUGAAACUGAUGACAAGAGCCUUCUGAAGACACAGAAUGGGCAACACAUCAAGACAGCCCAGGAUAUCUCCUUUGCAAAUGUACAGGCAUUGUUCCAGUCCCUGUCCAGCAGACGGGGCUGCCCCACUACUUCUCAGUCAGACACAGGAGCAGAGGAGCCAUCUCCAAAGACUGACCGAAAAUCUCUCACCAUCAAUGACCUGAUGCAUCUGAAUAGGAUCUCUGUGACCUUCCUGCCUGUGGAUUCACUUUAUAAACUGCCAGAAAGACAGAAAUACUCCCACUUCUUCAACAUCAUCUACUUCUCAGCCAGCUGCGUGCACCAGUUGGGCCCGAUGAUGAGACAGAUUGCAGCACCAGACGCUGUGCUCAUCGUGGAGUUGGCCAAGUACAUUUUGGACCUCAACAAAGAGCAAGAAGCCGGCUUUGCAAAGAAAGUGGUGAGCAUCGCUCUCAAGGCUGAAUUUGAGCCGUGUUGUGAGGGGAGGAGCGAUGACAUCCACGCCGUGUUCGCACCACAGAAGAAGUAAAGUGUGGUUUACUCUGCAUCAGCUUUACCUUCACAAUAUGCAACAGACUGACAGUCACAGUGAUGCUGCUUCACAGCUCAGGCAUUUUAAGAGAUCUUAUGCAUUUCCUUCAUAAGGAAAUUUACCAGCCAAUGAGAAGUAAAUAUGCAUGGCCUCAGAUUGUAGUCUAUGUUUGUCUGUAGCAGCUGUGAAUUUUCACGAAUAGUAAUCACAUUUCAUCUCCAAUGUGAAUGACACAGAGAGAAAAUGUCAAUUUUAUGCAUACGCUUUAAUAAUUACAGAUGCAAGUGGAUGUAUUUCAA